GCAGCGCGGUCUGCAGACCCACUGAGUCUGGCGGGGUGCCGAGGAGAGGCAGCAGGCAGCGGUAGCAGAGAUGGGCUCACACCUUUGAAUCACAAAUCAGCACCCCCACCCCUACCCCAGUCAAGCAUCUCGGGAGACACUGGAAGACCAAUUUUUGGAGGGGGUUUUGCUGGUGUUCCUCAUUAAGACCGGUAGACUACAGCUACCAAGAAGCAGGAGCGGCAAGGGUUAUAGUUGCAUUGUGACGUUCAGCACUCCUGCCGUCUCACCUGCACUGCCGGUGAAGAGGUCCGCUGUGAUAAAGAUGCAUCCAGAUAAGUACCUACCUGAGCUGGUGUCCGAGAAAAACAGCCUGGACCCCUCCUUUGUGCAUGCGGUGCGCCUGCUUGCAGAAGAGAUUGAAAAGUACGAAGGGGAUGAAUUAAGAAAAGAUGGUGACACCAAGAAAUACCUAGACAUUAUCAGCAAUAAAAACAUCAAGCUCUCCGAAAGAGUUCUCAUUCCUGUCCAACAGUAUCCAAAGUUUAAUUUUGUAGGGAAGCUGCUGGGACCACGGGGAAAUUCUAUGAAACGAUUACAAGAGGAGACAGGAGUGAAGAUGUCCAUCCUUGGCAAAGGGUCCAUGAGAGAUAAAGACAAGGAAGAAGAAUUAAGGAAAAGCGGGGAGGCCAAAUACGCCCAUCUGAGUAACGAUCUGCACGUUUUAAUUGAGGUCUUUGCUCCACCUGGAGAGGCCUAUUCCCGCAUGAGUCACGCCUUGGAGGAGAUAAAGAAAUUCCUAGUACCAGAUUACAAUGACGAGAUCAGGCAGGAACAACUCCGAGAGUUAUCCCUGUUGAACGGCUCUGACGAAUCAAGCAGAGGGAGGAGUGUUCAAGGGAGGUGUCUACGACCAACAACCGCAAUAACCACAAGGGGCCACAGAGGCGCGGGAAGGAGCGCGGCAACACCUCGGGGGACAGCGACGGCAGCACACAGCAAACUUCCCACGACAGUUUUGACGAGGGAGGUACAAGUCCCGAGAGCCAGAGGGGCAGCAGCAGCAAGUGUCGGAUACAGGCCCCCGCUGUUAGCAGUCACACAUGAAUCAUAUGACGACUAUGCCUACGACGACGGAUACGGUGGAGAGUAUGAUGAUGAGAGUUAUGAAGCCUAUGAAGAUAACUACAGCAAUCAGUCAAAGAGCAUUUCAGACUAUUAUGAAUAUGGGCAGGGAACCAGUGAUGAAUCCUACAACAACUAUGAGGAGGAGUGGGGAACUACCCGAGCCAGUCUCAAAGCCCCUGUUUUACGGCUGACGCGAGGAGGCUACAGAAAACAUCCUUAUGGCAGAUACUAAAGGUGGUCCAGACCUCCAAUUCUCAGCUAUUUAUAUCUAUUUUUUAAAUCCAUUAUAAAUGUUGUAACAGGUAUUUUAUUUUUGGCCCAUCUUCUUCAGAAAGUAAUAAGAAAAUCCCCACCCCCACCCCCAUAAAGCGCAUAAAGCCACAAUUAUUGCAGUAUACUGAUGUUUGAGCCUUUUUUUUUAAACAAAAGAGACACUUAACAGUUCUCAUCCAUAUGCAGGAAGGUUGUUCUUGGCUGUUUAAAUGCCCUUCAUUCCAGCUCCCUCUGCCCUAAAACAUUAAUCUGCAGAUUUAUUCUUGUGGGAUUUGCGUGACUAGUUGGUUUCCAUUUAGUGUCUUUAAUGUAGUGAUUACUAAGGUUUAAUAGCCAACCCCUGUUCACUGUGUUAAAGCAGGCAAUCAUAGAGCCAUAAUUUGACUUAGAGAGCCUAUCAAAACUCUGCUGCGUCUCUCUACUUGCUUUAAUUGCUAAGGAGACUUCGGUGCCCCACAUAACAGAGGCAUUUUCGUGGUGUUGCGAAACAUCCAGUGAUGCCAUGUCCAUUUUUAUCCACCGUGACACACUACUAGAUGUGGAAAACAAGCAAAACUUUUUCUCAUUUUAGUUGUGCCUGUUCUUCAAAUACGAGUUUGUCUAGGGGGAAAUUAGUUUUGCCCUCUUAUGCGAGUAUUUUUUUUUAAGUUAUUCAAACCCUAUUGGCACUUUUUUCCUAAUUUGGAAAACGGCCCACAAAAUCCAGCUUAGCUCUUUGUCAGUGACUUUACAGGCACGAUGAGUCUUUAACCAGCCACAGCUACG